UAGAGGAAGGCGGGGCAUGAGUUUGGGAGCCGCGGCUAGGAUUUUCUUCAAGAUGGCGGCGCGACGAGAAUUGUGUUAAUUUAGAAAGGUAGAUAGUUGCCCAAGAGGAGUUACCCGUGUCAUAUUUAUCACUUCCACAAGAUCGCAGUGGAGGAUGAUCAGUGCCUAGAUCCCAUAUUAAGCUGAAUGCAUUGUGAUUUCCAAUAAUUGAGACAGUGAUUCUGAAAGCUGUCUACAUUAAUGAAAAGAACAAUGUAGUCAGCUUAGCAUAUUCACCUCUGGUACGUGGCCUAUGCAGGGAUGUGCUUCUGCAUGCAUUCUGUGUUUAGAUAAGAAGAUAGCCUCUCACUAAGUAAAGAAUUUAAAAUUAAAAUUUCAGUCUAUUUAAGUUAGCUAUAUAUUUAUAAGGAAAUGGAGAUAGAUGAUGUUCUACCCCCUCUCCCCUUGGAGCCACCUGAUGAUUUUGGCCUAGAUGAGGGAAGAGCACCUCCACCACCUCCCCUGCAAACGUCCAGUGACGCAGAGGUAAUGGACGUUAGCUCUGGUGGUGAUGGAUACACAUACACCCCAGGGGACGGGGAAACCAAGACACAGCAGCCCCUCAGCAGGGGCUCACUGACUUUCUGUAGUCAUCUCUCAGAUGAGGCCAGUCCCGCCCCACCGUGCCCCAGAACAGCCCGCCAUGCUCCCCCGGUCACCAAGUUUCUGCCAGAUCUCAAGUUGCUCAGAGAUGUUAAGAUUAGUGUGAGCUUCACUGAAAGCAGUAAUAGCAAAGAGAGGAAGGUUUUAUAUACAGGUGAGAGGCAGGAGGCAGGGAGCGAGGAUGGCUUAGAAAGUCUCAAUGGUGAGUUGCACGACAUGGCUAGUGAGCAGGAGGUAGCCGAGGUGACUGGUGGAGCAGCAAAUGCUGCAGGCAGAAAGUCAGAGGACGCAGAGGUAGAUCUAGAGAAUAAGGUUGAGUUUGCUGUCCUGGAUGAGUUGGAUGACCUCUACGAGAACUUCCUGGAGCCCGACGAUGGAGAGCAUGGAGGCUUUAAGUCUGACGUCAUAGUUCAGCAGGAACAGGCAUAUGACGAAGUCACGGCUUAUUCUUAUGAGGAGGAAUUUGACAAUGAUGUCGACGCUCUGUUGGAGGAGGGCAUGCCAGUCCCAAAGAAGAUGCGCCCGGCAGAGGAUAAAUAUGGUGGGGACAGUGAUCAUCAGUCAGAUGGUGAAGGAGGUGUUCAACCCAUGAUGACCAAAAUUAAGACUGUCCUGAAGAGUCGGGGACGUCCGCCCACCGAGCCUCUCCCUGAUGGAUGGAUAAUGACAUUCCAUAAUUCAGGCAUUCCAGUCUACCUGCACAGAGAGACCAGAGUGGUCACUUGGUCCAGACCGUACUUCCUUGGCACUGGAAGCAUUAGGAAACACGACCCACCUGUAAGCAGCAUCCCCUGCCUACACUACAAGAAAAUGAAGGAACAGGAGGAAAGGGAGCUGAAUGGGGAAGUGGUGCCUGAUGCAGAGGAGUCUGUUGUCAAGCCUGCUGAGGAGGCCAACGGGGGAGAGCAAGUAGGCACAUCAGAUGCUACAGCUGAGGACCAGGAUGUCAUGCCACCCUCCAGUCUCCCUGGUGAAGGUCGGGAUGGAGAAGGUACCACUGACAACAGCAUCCAAAAUAAAGAGUCUCUUCCCUGUGACUCUGCACAAGGAGCCCUAGGGCAGGUCAAGGCCAAAGUGGAGGUGUGCAAGGAUGAGUCCAUCGAACUUGAAGAAUUUCGCCUGUACCUGGAGAAAUGCUUUGACUUUGAACAAGUGACUGUCAAGAAGUUUCGCACCUGGGCUGAGCGAAGACAGUUCAACAGAGACAUGAAGAGGAAACAGGCAGAGUCGGAAAGACCUAUCCUGCCUGCCAACCAGAAGCUCAUCACACUGUCAGUCCAGGACGCUCCUACUAAGAAAGAAUUUGUUAUAAAUCCUAAUGGAAAGUCUGAAGUUUGCAUCUUACAUGAAUAUAUGCAGCGUAUCCUCAAGGUUCGCCCUGUUUACAACUUUUUUGAUUGUGAGAACCCAAGUGAACCCUUUGGAGCGUCAGUCAUUAUAGAUGGAGUCACAUACGGCACAGGGACUGCAAGCAGUAAAAAACUUGCCAAGAAUAAAGCUGCUCGAGCAACACUGGAAAUCCUCAUACCUGACUUUGUGAAGCAGACCUCGGAGGAGAAACCCGUCGAAGGCGAUGAACUGGAGUAUUUUAAUCAUAUCAGUAUAGAAGAUUCAAGAGUAUAUGAGCUGACCAACAAAGCAGGACUACUAUCGCCAUAUCAGAUUCUUCAUGAGUGCCUUAAAAGAAACCACGGGAUGGGGGACACCAGCAUUAAAUUUGAGGUGAUCCCGGGGAAGAACCAGAAGAGUGAAUAUGUGAUGACAUGUGGGAAACAUACUGUGCGUGGCUGGUGCAAGAACAAGAGGGUUGGCAAACAGCUAGCAUCUCAGAAGAUCUUGCAGAUGCUACAUCCUCACGUCAAGAACUGGGGCUCACUGCUGCGCAUGUACGGCAGAGAGAGCAAUAAGAUGGUCAAGAAGGAGAGCUCCGACAAGAGCGUGAUCGAGCUCCAGCAGUAUGCCAAAAAGAACAAGCCAAACCUUCAUAUCUUGAACAAACUGCAAGAAGAGAUGAUUAAACUGGCUGCACAGAGGGAGGAAACGAGGAAGAAACCCAAGAUGACCAUAAUGGAAUCUGCCCAGCCGGGGAGUGAACCCCUCUGCACUGUCGACGUUUAAAUCUCAAAUCACUGAUGAACCACAGCACUGAAAACCAGUCACUGUCAGACAUCACACACAUGCACACCCCACCAUCCACCACUUAAUUAUGCAUCACUGAGAUCUAAAUGGCAAUAUAGUAAAGGGUUGACCAGGCUGAUAUUACUGCUUACUUCCUUCACUUGUUUUAAUUGGUUAAGCUGGUAGAAGUGUUGGACUGAACAGACUGUAGAGCGAAUAUCGUCUACCUCUCUAGAUGCAUCCUAAUUACAGCAGUAGGAGAACCCCCCUCCCCCCCAGUGUCCAGAGAAGUGAUCAUUACUUGAUAAGAUGAACCACAUCAAAAUAGAUUUGCAUGCCUCUUAAAGUGGAGAAAGCCACUGCACACACUGGUUUUAUUUUUGAAGGCUUGUUUUCACCAGUCAUGAGCGCAUAGUACCAGCAGCUGAUAGUUUUCUCUGUGCUAAAAGUAUUUGAAAGGGACUACUAAUACUUGUAUUUAUACCGUUCAUUUAAUUGGAAGCAAAGUUCCUAUUUUAUUUGUUAUUUUAAUGGUAGGUGUUAUGGAUGUGGUGAGUGAUGAUUACAGCUGUGUGCGGUCUUGUUUGUCCCCAGAAUUGACAGAUGCUGUCUCUGGUUUGCACGUUGGCAACAUGCGGUGUGAAGUGCUCACUGUUGUUACACACUCGUGUCCUGUCAGAUGUUUUUGUUGCCUGUUGCUUUUAUUCCUGGAAUAAUUCCUAGUGGAAUAUUUGGGCUGACUUUUUCUUGAGGGUCUUGCCUUUUUCAUUUGUUUCAGUAAAAGACAUAAGCUAGAGCCCACCUGAUGUCUUCAUCGCUGAUACUAGUACAGAUUGUUUUAUGGAAUACGAAACUUCAGUGAUGUCAGUCGAUAUUCUUAACAAAAAUGCAUGUUUGUUAAAUACGACUGUAUUAAAAAGGGACUCCUUCAUUUAAUUAUAAGUAAUGAAUUUCACCGACUACUAACCCAGCUGUGAAGCUGGAGGUACUGUUUGGAAAAAAACUGUGACACCAUCUCUGAAUGAUACCAAGCUAUUACUUCUAAAUUAUCUUUAGUAUAAAAGGGCACGCACAUGUGCCCAUACAAAUAUCUGACAUUAGGCCUAAGCGGGUGAAGGUCAGGUUCUACAAGAGCUUCCUGCUACAUGGUGACACUGCAGUAUACCCCAAGCACAGGGACACAGUACUGUAACAUGUUGGGGAUCAUUUCACUUAUGCGCUUAGUUCGUACUUGGAUUUUUAUUCAUAUGCUAAUGCCAUGCACAGUUGCUAACCACAAAGCGCAUUUCAGUUGCUUUUCAUUUUUAUUCUUAUUUUAAAAAAAUCAUGUUGGUUACAUGUUGCCUUAGUUAAUCCAUUUCAUGAAGGGCUCAAGAGUAUAUAUUGUACAUUGGACCUAAAACACCCUUCAGCAGGAAGUGGAAAGACCAAUCUCUAUUUACUUGAUAAAGAAUUUAAGAUAGUGUUUUCAGUUAAAAAUGGCCAAGAAACGUCUCAAGAAAAUAUGCCUACAACUCAUCCAGAUUUGUAGGAUUCACCUGAAUGGACUAUUUUGUGUACGUUUGCCACAAAUAGGUUUUUUUUUCUUUCAAGGCAAACUUGUAAAAUUUAGUUGGCACUGAUGUAAACAACAGCGAUAAAGUCAUUCAGUCCAACAAGCUGAUGAAACUGUGUAUACCAAAGCUUAUAGUCUUAUGCAUUUUAUAGAAAACUCAAUGUUGCUGUGAACUGAAGAGAAUAUGGACUAACAGGAAAAUGCAUAGACCCGUCACUUGCUGGAACAAAAUGGAAACUGCUGUGCACUCAAGUAUUUGCCCCGCGGUUUUUCUACAAGAGGAAACAUCUGUUUACCCAAGGCUCCUGUGAUAGUACAGAUCACUUUACGAAUGUGCUUUCCCUUUGUGUAUGUGUUUUCAUGCAAAGCCCAUAAGUGUCGGGGGAGGGGGGGAUACUGCUUCCAUGCGUUGCUGUUAAGUUGUACCAAUGACUUGUUUGAAGUGUUGCUGCCUAGAUUAUGAAGUAUGUAUUGCAACCUGAGCUCCAUGACUUUGGUGAUAUUUGUUAUGCAAAAUAAAAAUGUCUUGACUAAUAGC